UCUUGUCCGCGCCGGAACUGGCCUGUUAGACUCCGGGCUGAUCCUCAGCAUGAGGCCACUGUGCGUGGAGGCGUCGGGGAAUCAUGGCUUCCGAUGAAGAUGAGUUGAAUCUUCUGGUUAUCAUAGUCGAUACCAACCCAAUUUGGUGGGGAAAGCAGGGAUUAAAGGAAUCUCAGUUUACUUUAUCCAAGUGCAUGGAUGCAGUGAUGGUGCUGGGAAAUUCCCACCUGUUCAUGAAUCGCUACAAUCAGCUGGCUGUGAUAGCAAGUCACAUUCAGGAGAGUCGAUUCUUAUACCCUGGGAAGAAUGGCAGACUUGGAGACUUUUUCGGAGACCCUGGCAACCCCAUUCCUGACUGUAAUCCCUCUGGGAGUAAAGAUGGAAAGUACGAGCUGUUGGCAGCAGCAAAUGAAGUGAUUGUUGACGAGAUUAAAGAUCUGAUGACCAAGAGUGACAUGAAAGGUCAGCACACAGAGACACUGUUGGCAGGAUCUCUUGCCAAAGCCCUUUGCUACAUUCACAGAAUGAGCAAGGCAGUUAAAGACAAUCAGGAGAUGAAAGCAAGGAUACUGGUGAUCAAGGCUGCCGAGGACAGCGCAUUGCAGUAUAUGAACUUUAUGAAUGUUAUCUUUGCAGCACAGAAACAGAAUAUCUUGAUUGAUGCCUGCAUGCUGGACUCUGAUUCAGGACUCCUCCAGCAGGCCUGUGACAUCACAGGGGGACUUUACCUGAAGGUGACUCAGAUGCCUUCCCUCCUGCAAUAUUUACUGUGGGUUUUCCUUCCUGAUCAAGAUCAGAGAUCUCAGUUAAUCCUUCCACCCCCGAUUCAUGUGGACUACAGGGCUGCUUGCUUCUGUCACCGAAAUCUCAUCGAAAUUGGUUACGUCUGCUCCGUGUGCUUGUCAAUAUUCUGCAAUUUCAGUCCUAUUUGCACCACAUGCGAGACAGCCUUUAAGAUUUCUCUUCCUCCUGUACUGAAAGCCAAGAAGAAGAAACUGAAAACAUCCAUGUGAUGAACAAACACAAACUUUCUCAUCUCUUGAAUCUGUGAAUAGACAUCAUGGCAGACUCUUCAUCCUCAGUCUAGCUUAAGGUUUCUGGCUGGACACCUUAUCCAGGAAAGGGGAAAAGCACAGAGUUCGGAUUUGUUUUUUUUUUUUUUUUUUUUUUUUUGUCUUUUUGGG